AUGAACACCAUCGUCUUCAACAAGCUCAGCGGCGCCGUGCUUUUUGAGGACCGCGGCGCUCCGGAACGGGAACGGGGCAGCCGGCCCUAUGGUGGCGUCCUGGACAGUACCCACGCCCGCCCUGAGGUGGGCAUUCCGGACGGCCCGCCCCUCAAGGACAACCUCGGCCUGAGACACCGGAGAACAGGGGCCAGGCAGAACGGCGGGAAGGUGAGGCACAAGCGGCAGGCUCUGCAAGACAUGGCGCGGCCCCUCAAGCAGUGGCUUUACAAGCACCGUGACAACCCGUACCCCACCAAGACCGAGAAGAUCCUCCUGGCGCUCGGCUCGCAGAUGACGCUGGUGCAGGUGUCAAAUUGGUUUGCUAAUGCACGACGUCGGCUUAAGAACACUGUUCGACAGCCAGAUUUAAGCUGGGCUUUAAGAAUAAAAUUGUACAACAAGUAUGUUCAAGGAAACGCUGAGCGGCUUAGUGUAAGCAGCGAUGAUUCAUGUUCUGAAGAUGGAGAAAAUCCUCCAAGAAACCACAUAAAUGAAGGGGGCUAUAAUAAUCCAGUUCACCAUCCUGUGAUUAAAAGUGAGAGCUCAGUCAUAAAAGCUGGAGUGAUCAGGCCAGAGUCACGGGCCAGUGAGGACUAUGUAUCACCCCCCAAAUACAAGAGCAGCUUAUUGAAUCGUUACCUUAACGACUCUUUGAGACAUGUCAUGGCCACAAAUGCUGCCAUGAUGGGAAAGACAAGGCAAAGAAACCAUUCGGGAUCUUUUAGUUCCAAUGAAUUCGAGGAAGAAUUGGUGUCUCCUUCAUCAUCAGAAACCGAAGGCAACUUUGUCUACCGUACAGACGCUCUGGAAAAUGGAUCCAAUAAGGGUGACAGUGCAGCCCACAGGAAGGGACCAAGCAAGGAUGACACAUACUGGAAGGAGAUUAAUGCCGCUAUGGCCUUAACAAAUCUUGCACAGGGCAAAGACACACUGCAGGGAACCACCAGCUGCAUCAUCCAGAAGUCGUCACAUAUAGCAGAAGUCAAGACCGUCAAAGUGCCACUGGUCCACCAGUUUUAAGGGUUUGUCGCUUUUCAGACCAAUGGCUGUUCUUCACGUCAGUGUUUUCCCAUAAAGCCUCCUCCUACGAGCCGAAGCAGAAGUGGAAAUGACUCCCUUUCAAACCUCUUUUUAUUUUUAAUUAUCCUAACUAUAUCAUUUAGUUGCUUCUAUAAAAGACAUAUAAAUUAUAAAAACCUCACUUUAAUCAAAAAUAGUAACUUAUUUUAUGUUACUCAAACUAUGCAUCAGGUGUCUGCAUUGCCGUUACAGUAAGUGCCUUGCUUCCCAAAAUCAGCAGCAACGUGGGCGUAGUGGAGAGCUAUGCCUCAAAUGACAACACCGCCAUGCUUGUUCGUCUGUGUGUCACUCCAGACGGGCCUCUGACCAUUCCAGGACUGAAACCACACGCGCUGAAAGGCCUCACAAUGUAUUCAGUAAUUCACGUGUUAAAACUUGGACAUCUAUUCAGCCCAAAUGAAACGUUCCUCUUAAAAAAAAAACAACUUCUGCAGCAUUUAAAAUUGUUCAGCAUGCUUUUCAGAGUGACAGUGAGAAUUUCAUGCAUGUAUCUUGCCUGCCUAUCAGACACACUACAAAGUUCCAAAAGGAAAGGAGCGGCGAUCACAUAACAUGUACAUGUAAAAAGAAUCCAGUGAAUACAUUGUGAUCUGAAGAACUUUUUCCAAGCAUUGAUGGAAAAUACCACAAUGCCCUUUUAGAAUUAAUUUGGAUUUUCUUUUUCUUAAAUUUCGCUGAAGUUCUUAAAAAUUUUAUUAUAUAAAUUACUCAAAAUGUUCCUGUGUAGAACUAAACCUAUAGUUUAGUUUUAACACAUAAUCCUGUUUGCGUUAAAGUUCAGUGCUUUUUGUGAUGGAAAGCUUUUCAUGUGGAAUGGUUAAAAAACCUUUUAGUUGGUUCAUUUCAAAUUAUAAUUGCUGAUGGACAGUUUGUAUUGCAACGAGAACAAGACAAUGAAAGAAAUGUAUCUCUAUGUGAAUAUACAUAUACACUCAUAAAAUUGGUUUUUAAAUUUAAAACAUAUGGAAAACAAACAUUGACAGUCUUUGCAUUUUGCCAAGUAGGACAUUAAAGUAAAAAUUAAGUGAACUCAUGCAUUAAAAGAAGGAACGUUUCGUUUCUAAAUUAGACUAUCACUGAGUGAGAAUAAUCAGUAUCAGGAAAGAAGAAUAUAGUUUUCAAUCAAAUAAUAAUAUUCUAAUCAGCUGGGGGAGACUUGA